AUGUCUGCUCAGCUAUUCGCCCUACGAUGGCUAAAUCCACUGUGCUGCAAGCAUCCUGGCUGCGAACAAGAACAUUGUCGCACGCGUGAUCCGACUAGCAAUCAAGAUGGCGAGACAAUGGCCAAGGAUCCUCAGAGUGCGAAAUCUAUCAGGGUCCACAUUCCGCUAUUCCGAAGACAGCAGAAUUAUCGUGCAUCACGCCAAGAACCAACCUGGGGUAAUUCGCUACCAAUCUGUGAUACUACCAAUCGAAAACACGUGGUCGUAUCCUGGCUUGUCCGACCUCAGAGGUUUCUGGGAAACUCACUGCUGGACUGA